AUGCAGCAAGUCCAAAGAACUCGAAGACACGGCAUACUUGACCUAAAUCAAGACUUGUUCAAAAAGCUUUGACAUGCUGAUAUUAAAACCAGCGAAACAGAGCAUUCACCUGAUUUGGAGUCUUACCAGUCAAAUGAUGAUUCUGCUCACAAAAGUAGAAGACUUUCUUAUAAAGAUAAAAUAAGAGUUGCUCAAACAGCUGAGGAAAAAUUAUUUUUGAAAAAGGCACUUGAUUUUCUUUCCAAUAUAAGAACAGGUCAAGAACUGGUUCAGCAAAAUGAGCUCAAUAAGAUGGUUAGAUUAUUUAAAGUUAGGCGGUAACUAUAUUGGUGGCGCAGUCACCAAAGACCUCCUGUACGGGACGUUCUACUGCUUUUCGACUCCAGCCCAGAGAGGGUCUAUCACUCAUAUGAGUGCCACAUUCGGUCCUUCUGUCUCCUCCUUACCUAGAGUCUAAGAUCUUGAGUGGGUGGCUUAUGGAUAUCUGCGGCACUGCGGUAGACGAUUGGAGUAGCUUGACUCCAAAUAUCAACUCCUUGAAUUCUGUAAGGUGUCAAAGUACCUUCCUUCAAACUCUUGCGUCAAGAGGACUGGCUGGCACGUGCCACCAUUUUAAUAUAUAUAUGAACUCAAUAGGAAUAGGGCAAAAUUAAGAAUCCAAAGAAAAUCAUACAGAAAAUUUUUAAAUGACUAUUCUCCCGAUAAGUAUCCAUCUGUCGAUUUGUCUGAUGCACCCAUGUGUAUGCCGCCAUCACAAAUGACCGAUGCGCUGAAUUAUGAAUUUCAGAUAAAAAAUCCCCAACUCGGCGCAGGUCUAACUUUAAGCAAAAUCGUGAACUUGCAGUACAACCUGAUUCAAGUGCUUUGCAAAGAUCUGGACAUUGAUGUAUGAACACUUGCAAUGGCUUUCCGUUAUUUUCACCGUCUGCUUUGCGUUGGAGUAGUGACCCGACAAAAUAGGAAACUCGUCGCAUACACUUGUGUUGUUUUAGCCUACAAAUUUAACGAAGAAAUUCACCUCAAUCUUUCCAAGCUCAGACUUCAAGUAUUAGUUCGUGCUAUGUGCGAUUUAGAUAAAAAAAAUAACUUAAAGCCAAGCGAUAUAUUUGAGUAUGAAUUUGAGGCUUAUCGAAAGCUUCGGUUUAACUUAAAUUGUGACGCUAGUGAAUUUGAAGAAUAUUUUUAUAAAAUAUUAGAAAAACUCGAAAUCGACCCAGAAAAAUAUCUUGGAGAUGAGAAUAAAUGAAACGAUGUAAAUUAA